AUAUCUCACUCAAUAAAAUAUAUACGCGUUCAAAGUAAAAGUCGGGGUGUUAAGGUGACGUGUAUCAUAGCUGGUACUUUCCACUUCCUGGUUCAAGGAUCAAGGCGUGGAUUCGUGUUGGGGGUAACAGAAGCUAGAGAUUUUUGUCAGAAUGUCGAAAGUGACGUUUAAAAUAACGCUGACUUCGGACCCCCGGCUGCCUUAUAAAGUUUUGAGCGUCCCCGACAGCACGCCCUUCACUGCGGUGUUAAAGUUUGCUGCUGAGGAGUUUAAGGUGCCUCCAGCGACUAGCGCCAUCAUCACAAAUGAUGGCAUUGGGAUCAACCCGGCUCAGACAGCAGGAAACGUGUUUCUGAAGCAUGGUUCCGAGCUCCGGAUCAUUCCCAGGGAUCGAGUGGGUGCCUGGUGAUUGGCUGUACCAUGACCAAUCAGAAAACAGAGGAGAUGGGGCGGGGCUAGGUGGGGUAUGGAGGGGUGGGGCAGAUGGGCGUGGCUCAUAUCAGCUUUUAUGAAUGAGCUGUUUAUUUAUUGGUUUUCGUCGACCCUGAAAACAUGCACAUGGGAUGUAAACAGCAUCAGGAGGUUGUGACAUCACUCUUCCCUUUACCUGCCAAUUCCCGUGCUUCACCGAGUGGAUUCUGAGAGAGAAGGAUCUGGAACAUUGCUUACUGGACCUGUUAUCAGUGGUAAACUAGUCCCCCUGUGCCCUCUAACCUGUCCAAGAUGAAGAGACUCUCAUAACUGUGUAACGUCAGCCUACCAUCCCCCAGCAGUGGAGUUGGAUCCCUGCACUUUUUUGUUUUCAUCUAAGUGGACAUUGAAAGAGAUUUCAAUUAUACUUAAUUGGUUAUUUUUUGUUUCGCUUUUGUCUUUCUCUAUCAUUCACUGAAGUGUACUCUCUGCGCCACGUCUGUCUGUAAACAGCUGGUUUUAAGCCAAAAGGCAUUAAAUGUUAACACGAGCCUGACAGGUGAAACCGUCUGAGCGGCCAAAGUGUUUCAGUUGAUAGGGGCCAGCGGAUGCUGGUGGCUGCAGCUCUGCUCUCAUCGCCGUCCGCUUCAGCCCAAAAGCCCAGAUUCGUGAUAAACAUGUUCAGUGGACUCAAGAACAGAUGGAAAGCCGCAUUUAUUAAUUUUCAGUGCUUUGCCUCCGUUCUGCAUUCGGUCAUAUUCGAUCGCACCGAACAUGUUGUACUAAAACGAGACUUUCUGCCAAGACUACGGAAUGUACAGCUUUGGCAGCCCCAGUGCAUUGUGGGUCAGGCAUCAUCUCUCUUAAGCAGCCUCUGUGUGUGGUGUGUGUGUGUGUGUGUGUGUGUGUGUGUGUGUGUGUGUGUGUGCGUGCGCGCACGCACAUACGCUCAUCACAGCCAUCAACCUCUUACAUGCCCAAUCUUCACCAGAACUGCUACAAUGGCUUUUUGCCCGAGUGCUUUUCCUUCCGCCGCACUUAUCAAGCUCUCAGAGGUUUUGUGUUGUGUCAACCAGCCCCGAUAAAGAGGAGCGUGCCGAACAAGGACAAAGAGAAGGACGAGUGUCCGGCGAGCAGCGCUUCCCACACUGCAUUACACACCCCCACAGCCCCUCCCCAGUCAUAUCUCAGAGUGCUGCCGCUGUAAUGACCCUUUCAUCCUUUUUCCAUCAAAGAGCCCUCAGGCUGUUUCUGAGGAAGACGAGAGAGCAGCCUUUGUAGCUUCCUGGUAAAGUCUCGCCCCCCCUCAAGGGGGUUGCUACUUCCACCCAUCUUGCGGUUUUGUUUUUUUUUCUUCACUCAACAUCUAAUCAUUCCGAUUCAAUACUUCAAGUGACAUUUUGAAACACCUGGUCCUUCUGGUGAAAAUUUGGGCGCUAAUUGAAAUGUAUUCUCAAACCCAUGGGGCUCUGUCUCUCUGAUUUGUUUAGGGGGGGGGGGGGGGGUUGGCAUGGCAGUGUUGGGGGAGUUUCAUAGUGUGUAACAUUAUCAUAUAUAUACAAUAAAAGCAAAGUGGAGCGCUCUGCGGCCCGGAAGCAGGCCGGCCCGGUCUGGUUUGGAUGCCUCAUAAUGAGGUGUCAGUCACCGCGGUCCGACAUCCCGGCGUGGCCCCCCAGCGUGAUUGACAGGUUGCAGAAAGGAUAAUUAACUAGCAGCGUUUUCUGGGAAUCAGGAAAUGACUGGUUAGGGGGUUCAGCGUUCCCGUACCCUCCCUCUGAGGCGAUCGCUGUGUACCAGGAAAGAAGAAUUGCGUCUGUGAUACAGAAAAAUGCCCCCCCCCCCUUAGCCUUCCAGAGCUCAGUGACGUUAGAGGGGUCUCACGCAGGUCUGGCCCUGGACUGUAACAUAAACCUAAAUCUCAUACAUGUACACUAUGGCGAUCUGUAAGUUGUGAUCAGUCUUCUUCAGCUCCUCAUCUGCCCACAAACGGGCCACUUUCAAAUGAGGUUCCACACUUGAUUCACCCCUCAUCUGAAGUGACUGUCUCCUUGUUGUGUGAUGAUUAGGCUCUUCUUGCUGUCCCUCCCGUCCCUUACAUCCAUGGGGUUUCUGUUUGCUGACUGAUAACAUGGACCACUGGGCCGCUCAGCCAGACUAUACCAUUCAGUGAGCUUAGCACGGACGGCCACUCGUGCAGUGAUUCACGGUUUUUCAGACCAGUCUUUGGGGACUCUCAGAUGACCCACGGUUUUGGUCCUUCCCAACUCCCAGGGAAUUGGGAGAGAGCAAAAAACGUGGACCAUCUGGGGUCCCCGAGGACUGGUUUGAGAAACAUCGCAGUAAGUAACGGCGGGCGGCAAAGACGAUGUUCUGAACGUGAACUGUUUUACUGGAGUGAAAUCUAUUAAAGUCCCUAUAGGUGGAAACCUGAAAA